UACAUCACCUUCCAGGACGAGAAAGAGAAACAGAAGAAGAGAAACAAACAAACAAACAAAGAGCGUAAUUUAAAGGAAAAUGUUCGCUAGUGAUGGUAGAGUGCAAGGUGACGUAGAAGAAGGAACAACGCCCCUGCUGUAUCCAGGCACUGGAAAUGAGGAAAAUGAGUUGCUUUGGAGUUUCCUUCGCAAAAUUUAUUAUAUCCUUGCCUCUCAGGCCAUCCUAACCACCGUCGUCUCCGCAAUCACCGUCUUUUGCACUCCCAUUAACAACCUCCUUCAUGGCAUGAACACCUUCCUUCUCAUUCUCCUCAUUUUACUACCACUCCUAUUUGUUCUUCCCUCUUGGAUCUAUAGCUACUGCUAUUUACUGUGCAAUCAGUGUUAUAGCUUUCUGCGCGUAUAUUCUGCGGUUGUUGAGGCCCCGAAUCAACUAGCUAGGUCUGUGAAGUGGACAUUUGAAACAAUUUUAUGAAAUAAAAAUUGGUUAUGUAGAUCGAUAUUGUACAUCUCCCUACUCACACAGG